CAGACUUUGGAAAAGGAUCUGAAAAAUCAAUCGUCCCAGCUGAUUUUACUCAUUUGUAUUCGAGCGUUGCAAUUUACAAGUGCUGGGAUGGCAAAGCAAAAAUCCCUUAUUCUACUAGGUUACGAUGAUGAACCGAUUGCGGUGAAGGAUAGACUGUACCUUUCGCACACGACGAACAAAAUCGGUGGCCACGCGGAUUGGCCUGCUGGUGCUGUGGAAAUACAGCCGUGCCUAUUCUGUGGUCUGCAAAGGCCCCUUAUUCUGCAGAUUUACGCUCCACUGGAGGAUUCUCAGUUCCACCGCACGCUUUAUCUUUUCGCUUGCUUAAACGCCCCGUGUUCGACGCAAUCACAAUCGUGGACUUGUAUACGAAUACAAUCCCUCGAAAAGAGCUCUCCUGGAGGUGAUGGUUGUGAGACGCGAUCCGUAAAGCUACCGGCGAAGGAUGCCACGAUAUCCUGGUGCAGUGGUGCAGAUGACUGGGGAGACGAAGAGGAGAGUGCACCCACGGGCAAGGGAGAUGAGUACAGCACGGGCACUUUUAUGCGGGUCGAUACGAGCAAUGUUGGCGAUUCCGAGCAACAACUGAACGAAGAGAACGGCAAUGUGAUCCAGUACGAGAAGGUGUCCGAUGAAGACGACGAGAGUAAUUCUAUGGAGGUGGAACCGAUUCCGGGGUUUGAACACUUGCGUGUUGACGAGACAAACGCCAAUGCAGGAGGCGAUGGACGAUCGUCGGGAGCGAUGGGUGGAGAGCUUAUCGAUAAUUUGUACACACCCAAAGCAACUGCAGAGAUUGAAGGUCCGGAGGCGGAAGUAGUGAUUGUUGACGAGCCCAACUCACCGAAACGUGAUUUGAUAGCGCUGCUCAAGCAGCCACAACUUGUGCCACGAAAUAUCGAAGACUUAACGCUGCGAGGAUUGUACAUCAGUGUGGAUGAAGAGCGUACGAGCGUACCGGUAAUGUCCGAGCAUGUACGGGAACUUCUCGAAGAAUAUCGGCGUAAUGAUGAAGUCAAAACGAGCCCAGAUAGUCCCUCUGAAAACGUGGCAUCAGGAGGUAAAGGACCAACCAAAACCAACCACGAUCUAGAGCUAUAUGAGAAAGGCAUUCCGAUGCAUGGUGAUCUGAUGUUUCACUCGUUCAUGUGCAAGUUGCAGGAAAAUCCAGGUCAAAUCUUGCGUUACUCGCGCAACGCUGUGCCAUUGCUGAUAUCUCCAAUCAAGGAUGUAACAAUUCCGCCACAAUGUCAGUAUUGCAAGAGCGAGAUGAUCUGUGAAGUUCAACUGCUGCCAACGUUGAUCGACAAACUGCGAUUCGAGGUGAACGAUGAAAGGGCACCGAUCGAUUUUGGCAAUGUUCUGGUUUGGACCUGUAUGAAAAGCUGCUGGGACACUCCGGAUAAAAUGCGCCAGGAGCUUGUACUAGUGCAAACGGAGUCUUAAAUAAUACAACGCGACAGUUCUGAUACAAAUGAACGUUUGCCUUUCGAAUAAUGCAAUGUUACGUGCAUUCGUUUUAACGUAUGAUAUAACCAUCGUUUCCUUGAGGCAAAGCACAAGAUGAGGCGUUUCAAAAGCGUAUCAUUAGUACUGAAAAUAUCGUCAAUUGCUGAAACCAUCUUUCCCAACAAGAAAGCAGCGAUAACGGAAGCGUAUCAGCUUUUUAUGUCACACGGUGUGUUGGGAACGAUCGGUGAUUCCUGACCCAAGACAGUUUUAACGCAUUUUAUAUGAAACAUCCAAUGUCUCCAGUGAGCGUCUAUAUCGCAAAGUCAGUUAAAUAAUAAUAACUCCUAUUCUAAACGCAGUAGAUUUAAUGUGAUAGAACAAACAAACACAACCACGUGCUGACGUGUAAAGCGAAGCGAAAGAUUUGCUACCUUCGGUGCCGCUGUGCCGUCCGUACUCCUUGGCGAAAAUUAAUUUAAAUAACACAACACAUGCGCUAGUCGGAUAUGUUCGCUAAACGCCAAACGAUAUUAGAAACCAGCGACUUCUGUACUGCUAUGCGCCAUUCUCGUGCUGCAAACCGGAAAAACAGCACUAGCUAACUGUUCAAAUAUGUUUUAAAAUCAAGCAUACCGAUAGUAGUAGCGAAGAACGUGUGGUGGUAGUUUAACAGUGUUAACUAUUUUAAUCCUACAUUUUGAAGAAUCAUUAUGAAUUUAUUAGCAUUUUACGUGUUUACUUCCAAUUCUAAAUAAACAAACGAGAC